UUGUUCUCUGUACAAUAUUCACACAAAUUCCUAGUCUUACUUCUACAACUUUGGGUAUGGAGAACAGAAGCGAUACUAAAGCAAAGGAACUGCCAGAGGGAUAUAAGGAAAUCGACCAUAUCAAAUUAUCUCCGACUAAUAAAAGUCGCGAGACCGACGACGAUGAUUCGGAAAGUUCCGAUUCGGGACGUUUGACUAACAUACAUCGAAAUGUUAAAACAACUGAGAAUCAGCCUCGUGGCAUUUGGGAAACCAUUUUCAUAGCAAUAUCUUAUAUCUUGGUGAUCGUGUUUUUCCCAAUAUCGGUUUUCAUGUGUCUCGUCGUACUGCAGGAGUAUCAACGUGCUGUGGUUUUAAGAUUGGGUCGUCUGCGUCCGGGCGGACCCAAAGGUCCAGGUUUGAUAUUCAUUGUACCCUGUGUGGAUCAAUACCAAAAGGUGGAUUUGCGAACGACAUCGUUGGAUGUGCCACCGCAGGAUAUACUGACAAAGGACUCGGUGACCGUCAGUGUUGACGCCGUGGUCUACUAUAGAAUCAGUAAUCCGCUAGACGUGGCACUCCAGGUGAUUGAUCCCGCAUAUUGCUGCCAGUUGCUGGCCAUGACAACAUUGCGCAAUGUCACCGGUCUGUAUAUGCUCAUUGAACUGGUUUCCGCUAAGAAAACACUAUCCAGGCAAAUCAAAAACAUGCUCGAUUCCACUGGGGCAACAGAUCCCUGGGGCAUACGCAUUGAGCGAGUUGAAAUCACCGAUAUUCUUAUGCCCGAGUCCCUGCAACGUGCCAUGGCCGUGGAGCAGGAGGCAAGACGAGAGGCCAUGGCCAAGGUUGCUGCUGCAAAUGGCGAGCGGGAUGCUGUGAAGGCUCUGAAGGAAGCAGCUGACAUUAUGGAAUCGAAUCCAAUAGCAUUACAACUGCGUUACCUGCAAACCUUGAACACUAUUUGCAAUGACCAAACCGAAGCUAUCGUCUUUCCACUGCCGAUCGACAUAUUGCAAAAACUAAUGAAAUAAUGAAACACAUUUUGUUUUAAGAUGUAAAUUUUAAGUAUUUUAACAUCAAUGUAUGUCUAUAAUUGUUCAUUGUUAA